CAUCAUUGGAACUCCUCGCCUUGACCAUGUUCCUCAGUCAACAUAUCGCGGUGCUACUGCUCUGGCUAUGCUUUGCCAUACUCACUGUAAAUAGCAAUCCGUGGAAAUGGGGACCUGGCUCAAAUAGUGGACCCGUUGGUGGACCCGCCUGGAAUGGUGGAGAAGAUUCAACCGAUAAUAUAAUCAUCCAUUCAAAGGGCAACCGCAAUUGGCGUUACUGAUGUGGUAGGCGUGACCAAGACCAAGUCGUGCUGCAUUUGUCAGUAAAUUUGUGAAUAACUUAACAACAAUAUUGUUUUGAAACUGAUUUUUUCCUAGAACUGAACUCGUCACAUAUGAUAAUACUCCAUUAAGUGCUUUACUCAAAUAUAUAUCGAGUAGUAGUCGAGUAGAACAUAAAA